GUCCAGCUGAGAGUCUUGCGAAGACUCAACUCAACAGACCCAACGACUCUUAUCUCUCGGCUCCGAAUUCCACCUUGAGCGUUGACCAGCCAUCUCAGCGAAACGCAACCGAUUGUGGCAGAAAAAAAUUAGGUCCUGACUGCAUACGUCUGUAGCUCGUGUGACGUGUCCGAUGGCGUCGAUGCAGCCGGACCUGUCGACGCCGGCCGGCAUGUUUACCGUCCAGCAGACCCCGUCGACGGUGCUGUGCUGCCUGUGCGGCACGGCCAUGCCCCCCAAUCCGACGGGCAUGUGUCCGGGCUGCAUCCGCACGCACGUCGAUAUUACCGAGGGGCUACCGCGCCGCCUGUCCGUGCUGCGCUGCCCGCCGCCGUGCGGGAGAUUUCUCGCGCCGCCGCGCGCGUGGAUCCGCGCGGAGCUCGAAUCGAAGGAGCUCCUCACGUUCUGCCUCAAGCGCAUGAAGAACCUCAACAAGGUGAAGCUCGUGGACGCGUCCUUCAUCUGGACUGAGCCCCACUCCAAGCGAAUCAAGAUCAAGGUGACCAUACAGAAGGAGGUGCUCAGUGGUGCGGUUUUACAGCAGACGUUUGUCACGGAGUAUGUGGUGGAGGACCACAUGUGCGACGCGUGCACACGGUCGGCAGCCAACCCCGACCAGUGGGUGGCGGUGGUGCAGCUGAGGCAGAAGGCGGAGCACAAGCGCACGUUCCUCUUUCUGGAGCAGCUUAUACUGAAGCACGGGGCUGACGCCAACACCAUCAAUAUUCGACAGGUGCACGACGGCAUUGACUUCUACUAUGCAAACCGCUCGCACGCGCAGAAAUUUGUGGACUUUGUGUCGGCGGUGGUGCCAGCUCAGCACCGCAGCGACAAGCAGCUGGUGUCGCAUGACAUCCACACGUCCUCGUAUAACUACAAGUACACAUUUUCUGUCGAAAUUUGCCCCGUCUGCAAGGAGGACCUCAUCUGCCUGCCGCCCAAAGCCGCCAACGCCUGCGGCACCGCCGCCAACCCCCUCGUGCUCUGCGUGCGAGUCUCCAACUCCCUUCAACUGCUCGACCCCUCGACGCUCCACGCCAUCUACCUCGACUGCAACCAGUACUGGCGUUAUGGCUUUAAACCCCUGUUGUCCUCUCGGCAACUAGUGGAGUAUGCAAUCUUAGAUGUGGAAAUUGUAGGAGGCCCAGGGGGAGGCGGAUGGGGAGGAGGGGGGGGAGGAGGGGGAGCAGGGGGGGCCGGGGGAGCAGGGGGUGCGCCACACAAGGCGGGCGGGGGGGCGCUGGCGCGGUAUGUGCUGGCGGACGUGCAGGUGGCGCGGGUGGCGGAUUUCGGCAAGAAUGACGUCAUCUUCACUGCGAGGACGCACCUGGGACACCUGCUCAGGCCGGGAGACUUUGCCAUGGGCUACGACCUCCACGGGGCGAACCUGAACAGCGACGAUCUGGCCAGGUACAGCAAUCGAGCCACAUUGCCCGAUGUCAUCCUAGUGCGCAAGAGCUACGAGGAGAAGCGGAAGAAGCGCAGAGGCAAGGGGCGAGCCUGGAAGCUGAAGCAGCUCGACAUGGAGGUUGACACAGGCGCCGGGGGAGGCGGAGAGAGAGGAGGCGAGAGGGGCGGUGCGAGGGGGCGGAUCGACGAAGAGAAGGAAGCAGCAGACAAGGAACGGUUCUUGGAGGAAUUGGAGGAAGACCCGGAGAUGCGGUCCAGGAUCGCUGUUUACAGAGACCCGGCUUAUGUGGCCCCGGUGGGGGGAGGGGGAGGAGGGAGAGGGGGUGAUGAGAUGGUGGAUGUGGGGGAGGGGGAGGAGGAGGAGGAGGAUGGGGAGGAGCCCCCGGAGAUUCCGCUGGAGGAACUGCUUUCGGAUCUAAGGAUUGGUGGGGACGAGGGGGAGGAGGGGGAGGAGGGGGAGGUUGAGGAUGAUGAUGAUGAUGUGAUGGAGACGUGAGGCGGCGGUAUCCGCAAGAAAAGGUGCAUGAAGACAUGAGGUGCAUGAAGACAUGAGGUGCAUGAAGACAUGAGGUGCAUGAAGACAUGAGGUGGUGGGGGGUAAGAGAGACGAGGUUGCAUAGAGAGACGCAUUUGAGGGAGGGUGGGGAGGAGCCGCCCGAGAUUCUGCUGGAGGAACUGCUUUCAGAUCUGAGGAUUGGCGGGGGGGAGGAGGGGGAGGAGGGGGGGGUUAAGAUGGUGAGAGUGAUGCGAUGGAGACGUGAGGCGAUGAAAUGUGAAGGAGCGAAGGAGGAGAGAAUAGUUAGAGGGAGGAUGGGGAGGAGCCUUGGGAGAUUCACUGUAGGAGCUGCUUUUGGAUCUGAGGAUCGAUGGGGGGGAGGAGGGGGAUGAGGGGGAGUUUAGAAUGAUGAUGGUGAUGGGAUGGAGACAUGAAGAGGUGAGGGGCAUAUAUGAGGACGCUACAUAGGAACCAGCGUUUGAGGGAGGAUGGGGGGGCAGGGGCUGGGGAUCGUGCUGAAAGAGCUGCUUCUGGAUCUGAUGGGGGGGAUGAUGAGGAUGAUUGAGUGAUGGAGGCUUAUGGCUAGGGGAUGAGGACUGUCCUGUGGAGAUAUGUGGCAUGAUCGCACCCACCCAGUGACUGCAACCGACAGACAGUUUUGAUGGCUCUAUGUGUUCUGUGAAGUGUUAUGCUGUUAUUGUCUGGUCACAUCUUUUGUGUUGCAUUUCUCUGUAGAGCAUGCUGUGCUGUAUUAUUGGCCUGGUAGUAACUGAAUCCCAUCCUAUGCUGUAACCUAAUGUCUCUAUGAUUGCCUA